AUGGGCACCUCAACCCCCGCAGAUAACGCCGAAUGGAGCAGGCUAAUCACUCGAACCUUCAACAGCCUCCCCGAAAUAAAUACCAGCAGCUAUCCAACCCCGAAAGAUCCGCUGGUUUCCAUUUCCAAAAUAAUCGACCACACCCAACUCGCCCUGAACGCCACAGAGGCACAGAUAGAUACCCUCUGCGCUGAAGCUAUCCAAUACAACUUCGCAACGGUCUGCGUGCGCCCCAACUUUGUCUCACGGGCUGUCCAGCAGCUGAAGGACACCGGUGUCGGAGUGGCAUGCGUCAUUGGCUUUCACGAGGGGACGUAUGGCACUGCAGCAAAUGUUUCUGAAACCCAAGCUGCAUUGCGCGAUGGCGCAACGGAGCUUGAUAUGGUUCUGAAUUACCAACUGCUGAAGCGUUUGGAUUAUGCAGCGGUGUAUGAAAAUAUACUUGCUGUGCGCAAAGCCUCAAAGCCCACUCCCGACACCGAUCACGGUUCCAGCAAUAUCGUGUUGAAAGUUAUUCUUGAGACGUCACAGCUAACGCGCGCCCAGAUAGUUUCGGGGUGUGUGGUCUCUUGCUCUGCCGGUGCGGAUUUUGUCAAGACCAGUACUGGCUUUAAUGGGCCUGGGGCUACCGUGGAGAAUGUUGCGAUCAUGAGGGCAGUCUGUGAGGCAAUGGGGAAUAGAGUUAAAGUGAAGGCUAGUGGUGGUGUGAGGACGGCGGAGGACUGUAUCAGAAUGAUUAGGGCCGGGGCGGAGAGGAUUGGGACUAGUUCUGGCGUCAAGAUUGUGAGUGAGUUGGGCGAGAAAGAGGUUGGUGCGGCGGAGGGAAGAGGAGAGUAUUGA